GCUCUCAGCUGGCGGGGGGUGUCGCAGGUGAAGCUGGGAAGCGCGGAGCCAUCUUGGUGCCCGCGCCGGGCAGGGACGGGACCCGCCGGGGCCGCGCCGGGCUGGGGGGAGUCCAGCAGGGCCCGCCGGCCAUGGGCUCAUAGACACACCGCGGGGCCACCGCGACCGGAGCGGCGACGGGCUGCCCCCGCCCCGCCCGCCGUGCCCGCCCGCGCCGCUGCCGGUGCCGGUGCCCGUGACGAGCAGCCGGGAGGUCGCGCCGCCCCUCCGCGGGCGCUCCGGCUCCACCGGGCUGUUUUUAAGCCCCCGCCAGCGGGAGGGAAGUUGUUCCCCCCCAGCCCCCGCCGGUGCCCCUGCCCACCCUCCCCUCGGUUCCUGCGCCGGGAGUGAGACAAGCACAACCUCAGGGAGACCCGGCCCUGCGCACAGACACCGGCGGCCCCCCCGCGGCAGCUCCGGAGGAGGAAUCCGGCCCCUUCCCUCGUCCUGCAGCGCCUUCGGACCCUCCGUGUGCCCGGCACGCACCUGUCCCGCCUGGAGGCAGCUCUCAUGGACUAACCAGCCCCCUCCGCCUCAAGUACAUUCUGUGGGCAUAAGCAUUUUUUAACUUUUUAAAGAACUUUUUUUUUUUUUUUUCUCCCAUGGAAUUUUUACCAGCUGCCCCUUAGUUAUUUCCUGCUUCUCCCAUCUCAGACAGCGCUGACUUUGUUUUUUCCUGGUACUGUAGUAUGGGGAUCAAAUCAAAACCGAGGUUUUAAGUAUUGCAAGAGCCCUCAAGUCCAUUCGCCUGUUAAAAGUGAGCAGCGCUGUUCCUGUCUUUCUUGUUUUCCCCCACGUCGCCUGUCGGAUGUGAUGGAACUCAUGUUCGCAGAGUGGGAGGACGGGGAGAGGUUUUCAUUUGAAGACUCCGAUCGCUUUGAGGAAGACUCUCUUUGUUCCUUCAUCUCUGAGGCAGAGAGCCUUUGCCAGAACUGGAGAGGAUGGAGGAAGCAAUCGGCUGGACCCAAUUCCCCCACUGUCAAAAUGAAAGAUGGGCUGGUGAUCCCAUUGGUGGAACUCUCUGCAAAACAGGUUGCAUUUCACAUUCCAUUUGAGGUGGUGGAGAAAGUUUAUCCUCCAGUGCCUGAACAACUGCAGCUUCGAAUCGCCUUCUGGAGUUUCCCAGAAAAUGAGGAGGAUAUCAGGUUGUACUCGUGCUUGGCGAAUGGCAGUGCAGAUGAGUUCCAGCGAGGGGAGCAGCUCUUCCGGGUGAGGGCUGUCAAAGACCCUCUCCAGAUAGGUUUCCAUCUGAGUGCCACUGUGGUGCCCCCGCAGAUGGUGCCCCCCAAGGGCGCGUACAACGUGGCGGUGAUGUUUGACCGGUGCCGGAUCACGUCGUGCAGCUGCACCUGCGGAGCCGGGGCCAAGUGGUGCGCUCACGUCGUGGCGCUCUGCCUCUUCCGCAUCCACAAUGCAUCUGCAGUGUGCUUACGAGCACCUGUUUCUGAGUCUUUGUCUCGGCUACAAAGAGACCAGUUGCAAAAAUUUGCUCAGUACCUAAUCAGUGAACUUCCACAACAGAUUCUUCCAACAGCUCAGCGAUUGCUGGAUGAGUUGUUAUCAUCUCAGUCUACUGCCAUCAACACAGUGUGUGGAGCCCCAGAUCCCACUGCUGGACCUUCUGCAUCAGAUCAAAGCACCUGGUACUUAGAUGAAUCUACUCUGAGUGACAACAUAAAGAAAACCCUUCAUAAAUUUUGUGGACCCACUCCUGUUGUUUUCAGUGAUGUGAAUUCAAUGUAUCUGUCUUCCACUGAGCCACCAGCUGCUGCUGAGUGGGCUUGUCUGCGGCGUCCCCUGCGAGGAAGGGAACCUGAAGGCAUCUGGAACUUGCUCUCCAUUGUGCGGGAGAUGUUUAAGAGACGGGAUAGCAAUGCAGCUCCUUUGCUGGAGAUUCUGACUGACCAGUGUCUCAACUAUGAGCAGAUAACUGGCUGGUGGUACAGUGUGCGAACAUCCGCGUCACACAGCAGUGCCAGUGGGCACACAGGACGCAGCAGUGGCCAGUCAGAAGUAGCUGCUCAUGCUUGUGCAAGCAUGUGUGAUGAGAUGGUGGUUCUUUGGAGGCUGGCUGUCCUCGACCCAACUAUUAGUCCACAGAGGCGCAGGGAUCUUUGCUCACAGCUCAGACAGUGGCAGCUGAAAGUCAUAGAUAAUGUUAAAAGAGGUCAGCACAAGAAAUCACUGGAGAAGCUCUUCCAAGGUUUCAAGCCAGCUGUAGAAGCCUGUUACUUCAGCUGGGAGGAAGCUUAUCCCAUUCCUGGGAUUACAUAUAGCAGCACUGACAAGAAGAACUCAUUCUGUUGGGUAAAGGCCAUCCAACAGAGGAGCUGCCGGUUGCAGUGUGUGGAAAGUGCUUGUGAGGCUGGUAGGACCCACGGCCAGGAACCUGGGGGACCAUGUCUGCAGCCUGGGGACAGGCUGCGGCCCUCGCCCCAGGAGCCAGCGGUUCGUCCAAAAGAGCUCACUGGCAAGAGGAAAGUUGUCUCUGAAACGCCGCAGAGGGUUCUGAGACGGCUCUCAGCAGAAGGGGAUAAAGCUGUCUAUAAGACUGCAGUGAGCAAAGCAAAGUUGCCAGUGAGCAAAGGCUUGACCAGUAAACAUAGUGGGAAACGCCGUAUGAGCAGUGAGGACAGCUCUCUGGAGCCAGACUUGGCAGAGAUGAGCCUGGAUGACAGCAGCUUGGCACUGGGAGCAGAAGCCAGCAAUACCUUCAGUUUUACAGAAAGUCCACUGAGCAGGAGCUACAGGGAUGCCUUUGAGGAGGAUGGUGGAGUGUACUUCUCUGAGGGACCGGAGCCUACUCUCAGGAGCAGUUCCAUGGCCAAGAAACCCCCCAAGGAUCCUGUGGGGGAGAUGGGUAGUGGUGAUGAUGACCUGCCUUCUGCAGAUGAGAACUCUGGUGGUAUGAGUCUGAAGCCAGAAGAAGUGGGAGAGAAUGGUGCAGCAGGGGGAGGGGAUGACGGAGAAGAGGAAGAUGAUUACCAGGUAUACUAUCUGAACCCACAAGAGGUAGCCAAGGAAGAUGAUGACAAAGCUGAAGGGGGAAUUGAAGAGGAGCAGGAUAUAUUUGCUGGUAUCAAGCCUCUGGAACAGGAGAACCGGAUGGAGAUCCUGUUUGCCUGUGCAGAGGCACUGUAUGCACAUGGAUACAGUAAUGAGGCUUGCCGCUUGACUGUAGAGCUUGCCAGGGACCUACUGGCCAACCCUCCAGAUCUCAAAGUGGAGCAGCCGCCAACUAAGGGCAAAAAAAACAAGGUGUCAACUAGCAAGCAGACAUGGAUGGCAACCAACACCUUGUCUAAAGCAGCUUUCUUGCUGACUGUCUUGAGUGAGCGGCUGGAGUACCAUAACUUGGCCUUCCAAAUAGGAAUGUUUGCUCUGGAGCUGCAGAGACCACCUGCCUCUACCAAGGCUCUGGAGGUGAAGCUGGCUUAUCAGGAAUCUGAGAUUGCAGCCCUCUUGAAGAAGAUUCCCUUGGGCACCAAUGAGAUGAACACUAUUCGAGGAAGAGCUGAAGAACUGCGAGAAGGGACCUUGUGUGAUUACCGUCCUGUCCUGCCUCUGAUGUUGGCAAGCUUUAUAUUUGAUGUCCUGUGCACUCCAGUGGUUUCUCCUACAGGCUCUAGACCCCCAAGCCGUAACUGGAACAAUGAAAUGCCUGGAGAUGAAGAGCUUGGUUUUGAGGCAGCUGUUGCUGCUCUUGGUAUGAAAACAACUGUCAGUGAAGCAGAACAUCCUCUGUUGUGUGAAGGCACACGAAGGGAGAAAGGGGAUCUGGCACUAGCCCUGAUGAUCACUUACAAGGAUGAUCAGUCUAAGCUGAAGAAGAUUUUAGACAAACUCCUGGACAGAGAGAGUCAAACUCAUAAGCCACAGACGCUGAGUUCUUUCUACUCAUCCAGCAAGCCUGCAGUUGCCAAUCAAAAAUCUCCUUCCAAGCAUGCUGCCCAGUCUGCUGCAGCUAUCCAGCAGCUUCCAGGGACUUCUGUCACUCAGCAAGCUGCUGUAAGCACUGCAGUUCAGAGCAGUCCUGAGAACUUUGUGGAGAAGAGUACACAGGCAGAGAGCUCUCAGAGGUCCCCCUGUGAGCCAGCUGCAGAGGCCACUGUUUUGAAACAAGAGGGAAAGGUCCCCAGUCGUCUGGCCCUUGGAAACCGAGGUGGAUACAAUGGGAGAUGCUGGGGUUCACCUGUCAGGCAGAAGAAGAAACACACAGGCAUGGCUAGUAUUGACAGCAGUGCUCCUGAAACCACCUCUGACAGUUCUCCAACACUCAGUCGGCGUCCUCUACGUGGGGGCUGGGCAACAACAUCCUGGGGCAGAGGACAGGACAGUGACAGCAUCAGCAGUUCUUCAAGUGAUUCACUGGGAUCUUCCUCUUCCAGUGGCAGUAGGAGAGCUAGUGGGGGAGCCCGUGCAAAGACUGUGGAAGUUGGCAGGUAUAAAGGGAGGCGGCUGGAGAGCCAUGCUCCUCAUGUCCCAAACCAGCCCUCAGAGGCAGCUGCUCACUUCUACUUCGAAUUGGCCAAGACAGUCCUUAUCAAAGCAGGUGGAAACAGCAGUACCUCUAUCUUCACCCACCCUUCCUCCAGUGGUGGGCACCAGGGACCACACCGCAACCUUCACCUCUGCGCCUUUGAGAUUGGGCUGUAUGCACUAGGGCUGCACAACUUCGUGUCUCCCAACUGGCUCUCUCGAACUUACUCCUCGCAUGUCUCUUGGAUCACAGGGCAGGCCAUGGAGAUUGGUAGCGCAGCCUUGAACAUCUUAGUGGAGUGUUGGGAUGGACAUCUAACUCCCCCAGAGGUGGCAUCAUUGGCAGACAGAGCUUCACGGGCCAGAGACUCCAACAUGGUGCGGGCAGCUGCCGAACUGGCACUCAGCUGCCUGCCUCAUGCCCAUGCCCUGAACCCAAAUGAGAUCCAGAGGGCUCUGGUGCAGUGUAAGGAACAGGACAACCUGAUGCUGGAAAAGGCCUGCAUGGCAGUAGAAGAGGCAGCUAAAGGAGGUGGCGUGUACCCAGAAGUCCUCUUUGAAGUAGCUCAUCAGUGGUACUGGCUUUAUGAACAGACUGUUGGUGGGACCCCAGCCCAGAGAGAAGGUGCCACUGGCUGCAGCGCCGGUGGCGCGCGGGCCGCAUCUGAAGCGGCACGUGGCUUGGCAGACAGCCGGGUGACCUCAGAGCCGACCACAGUGACAGUGGCAGCUGCAGUAACUGCAGCAGCAACCGUCAUGCCAGUGAUCUCUGUGGGGUCAACCAUGUACCAGCAGCACACGGUGGCAGGGCCAGCAAUGGCACAUACACACACGCAGGGUCUCCACCCUUACACCACCCUUCAGACUCACAUCCCCUGUAAUCCCCAGUAUAUCGGACACACUAUCCAGCACAUGCCGCGCCCAGCUGUCUUCCCGGUCCCUGGCUCGGCGUAUCCACAGGGUGUCCAUCCAGCAUUCAUAGGGGCGCAGUACCCUUACUCGGUAACAGCACCGUCACUGGCAGCUACAGCAGUGUCCUUCCCUGGUGUGCCCGUCCCCUCCAUGACACAGAUUGCGGUGCAUCCCUAUCACAGUGAGACGGGACUGUCGCUGUCUUCCAAUGUAGCAUUAGGCAGUGUCCAUGCAGGAUCAACGUUCCCAGCGAUUCAGGGUGCUUCCUUGACAACUCUGUCCUCACAGCCCAACUCCCUUGUUACGGGGGGUUUUCCUGCCGAGGAUGAGCAGCACAGCCAGCCUGUGAGCCCCCAGGGUCUGCACUACCUCCACUCUGCAUACCGAGUUGGGAUGCUGGCUCUGGAGAUGCUUGGCCGAAGAGCUCACAACGACCAUCCCAACAACUUCUCCCGCAGCCCGCCCUACACUGAGGAUGUAAAAUGGCUCCUUGGGUUAGCUGCAAAGUUAGGUGUAAACUACGUGCAUCAGUUUUGCGUUGGUGCUGCCAAGGGGGUGCUGAGCCCUUUUGUGCUCCAGGAGAUCAUCAUGGAAGCUCUACAGAGGCUCAACCCUGCCCAUGUGCACAACCACCUGCGCACCCCAGCCUUCCACCAGCUGGUGCAGAGGUGCCAGCAGGCCUAUAUGCAGUACAUCCAUCAUCGGCUGAUCCAUCUCACUCCAGCUGACUACGAUGACUUUGUGAAUGCCAUCCGCAGCGCCAGAAGCGCCUUCUGCCUGACUCCCAUGGGCAUGAUGCAGUUUAAUGAUAUUCUCCAGAACCUAAAGCGCAGCAAGCAGACAAAGGAGCUGUGGCAAAGGGUCUCUCUGGAAAUGACCACCUUCUCACCAUGACAUCAGGUGGAGCUCCACGGACACACGACCCUUUGCCCCCAACAUAGUUGUAGUUCCAUUUACACCAUCCUUCCUUCUGGUGUCUUUUUUAUUUUAGUUUUAACUUGUUGGAAACCACUGAUCUGAUGUAUUUAUACCAUGACAUUCCUCUCCAGCACUGUUGCGUGUUGGCGCUCUGCUUUGCUCGCUCUUCCUCCUCCUUCUCAGUGGGCUGCAGGCUUGAGAAGCAUCAGGAAAUGAGAAGGAAGUUGAGCUGGCUGCCCUGUGGUGUAGUCACCGCUUUUUUCCCUGAGCCCUGGGAGGCUGUUCUGCGAGCAGUUUGCAGUGUGAUUGCGCACAUGUUAGAGGGGUUGGGGAUUCUGUCUGAAAUAUUUAUUUUGGCAUUUAUAAAUAUGUAAACUUUUUUUUUUUUUUUGUAUGAGCUUCUCUUACUCCACACACCAUCUCCUUUUGGAGAGUGGCUGGAACUGCUGUGCACAGUGAGUGCUCCCUCCAUCCCUUUCAGCACCUCCUGGUGAGAGAAGCUGAGACUGGAGUAGCAGGGCCAGGGCCACCUCUGCAGCUUUCUGCAGCAGCUGAGGACAGAGGUUGGAGCUCGGGUAGUGAGUCCUUGACUGCACUGAGCUGCCUGGAAACUGCCAGAAGUGCUUGAGCUCUUUCUCAGGAGCGUCCCUCACUGGGCACUGCUGGCUCACAGAAUGUUUUGAUCCCGGUUGUUACAAGUUGUACAAUCCUGUUUCUUUUGGCUGGGGUAUUACUCUCCUGUAAUCACUUUCUUAUCCCUCCUCUCUUCUCGUUUCCUGAUUAAACACUUGUUUUCUUAGACUGACUCUCUUCUCUCUGCUAUGAUGUUGGCAGUCUGAAGGAGCUGGCCAGCUGUGUGUCAGUGGGAGCUCCUGUGAGCCUUGGUAGGUGGCUGCUGUGCUCUGGGGACAGCAGUCCAGCACAAGCUGGGGCCCAAAGGUUUCUUGCCUGGUACUGCUCUGACAAUAACCUGCCCCUGCAGAGGCUGAGGUACAUGUUUGAUGGGUGUUGGGAGAGUUGGUGGUAAGCGUGGGAUAUUCUUCCUACAGUUCUGUCAGUCACUGGGUUCCUUUUCUAGCCUUGAUAAUGUGUGAUAACGCAGAGCCUUGUAUUUCCCAAGUAUUGUGCAGAACACCAGCUGCUCCCAUGUAUUUGGAGAGCUAUUUGGUGGACUAUGAAAGAUAUCUAGUAGGGAUGGCGUUGCAGAAAAUUAAGUUUAGAUAGCUUAAGUGUAUAAGCACAUACAUUUCAGGGCUUUUAAAGUGGAAGUUAAAUGACUCAUGGAUGCUAAGAAUCCCAUUUCUCAGCAGUAAUGUAUUUUGCUUCUUACUUGGGUUUAGCCAAUGAGUUUUCGUUUCUACAAGUUAGAAAUAUGUGCCUGUUUGAUAUUUUCAAUGAUACUCUUAAAGAAUAAAGUAAAUCAUAGGCACAGGGCAAAAGAGAUGAACAGGCUCUUUGGGUUUGGCUUUGUGUACUGCACAGGUCAGAGAGUAUGGCUUAGGUUCCUCUACUUCUGAUUGUGCAACAGUAACUAUUUAAAGAUGUCCUUAUAGCUCCUUGUGUUCCUCCAUAACAUUUCUAGUUGCAUGCUAACUAGAAAUGCAGAUGAUCGUCAUAAUGGGUUAGGCUCUGUGUUUUUUAAACUGAAGUCUGUGCUGAUUAUGAGCUGCCUGUUACUUGGCAAAACUUCUGGAUUUGACUGGAGAGCACAGCCUAAUGAUGUGUGGAAGGUUUGGGUUCCUAGAACACUUUCUGUGCUCUGGUUCUUGCAUGUUCAGAAGUGUGAAAGGAGCAUAGGGAAAAAUGAGUUGUCUAAUAAAGUCUAAUCUUUUCUGAUGCUAUAGGGGAAAAAUCUGUGGAAGAGAAGGGAGCAUGUUUUAGACGGAAAGAAGCAGAGGGGAAAUGGGUAAAAGAGCUGAAUAUCAGGAGCAGAAGUGACUUGUAGCAUUAAGGAUUUGGAUUGAAUAGGGAAAUGAAAUGUCAGAGCCUCAUCUGAGAUGUUGAUUGGAAAAAUACGCUUACACCCUGAGCAGGUGAGUUGUCAGACCACUGUGUGGUAAUUUGUUGUUGUUCCUGAGCCAAGUCCCAUGAAAUAUAUCUGAGCAGGGACAGAAGAAAGUGAGGAAAGAGAGGAUGAUGUUUUUUAUUGCCAUGUGGCUGUGAGGUUAUUGAGGUAUUUUUCCUUUAUAAGAGAUGGGAUGAGCCCUGAUGGCCCCAGAAGCAUUCAUUUCCUGUUAAAAAAGAACAGUUAUUACCCACUGCAGUCUUGUUAGUCAGUCAGUAUUCCAGGAGUGGGAAACAUAUAUAGGCUUAGAAAUUCUGAAAAGACAUUUCAGAAGAAGACCUGUAAAAGAGGUUGCAGGCAACUCAAAUUUACUUUUUCUGUUAACACGUGUUUUUUCACUUGGAGUAAAUGUUCCCUAGGACUUUCCCAGCAACACAUGAAAUGUCUCCAUCCCUGGACAUGUUCACCUAUUACCAUCUUUCUUGCCUGUGAAAAUUUUCUUUUGGAGGCAUAUUCAGAAAGAAUAUAAGAAUAUAACUCAUAUUCUUUCCAGGAAUAUGAGUUAACAGAACAGUAUUUGCCUUUGAACUUCAGUGUCUUUACAGCCCAUGAACAAGGUGAGUUUGGGCUGUCCUUUAAUGAAAUGAUGUGCCUGGCAAGAGGUAUGGCUGUAAUUAGCUGAAAAGCCCCCUAUCUCGUUUUGUUUACAGUCUGUACUAUUUAUUUGGGAUUUUUAUUUUGGUUUUUGGAGAGUCUAUUCAGAACUAGCCUUCUGGAGAGGUGUUGAAACUUAAGUUUUAAAAUUUUUUUGCUUGUGUGUGUUUUUUAUCAAGCCUGGAACUGUGGUAUUUUGGAGCACAAUACAGCUUUCACUUUCCCACCUUAUUUAGCAGCAGCUUGGCUAUUGCUACACAGUGCUGGAGUGCUCUGUGGAACCUUGGAAACCUCAGUCAGUGGAAAUGGGGUAAGCAUUGAAGUACCAAUGAAGUUCUUCACCACCUCUUGGUCAAAGUUGUCAGCUGUAACAACAUGGCAUAAAUUUAGAAUAGUUUUCUAUGAGGCAGAAAAGUUGUAGUUUUCUUACCUAGAUAUUAAGAGAUGGGCAGCAUAUAAAAAUGAAUUUUUCAGGAUGUGACUGGGAAAAGGAUGUGCCAAAAGAGAUAUGUUCUUACAGUAGUCUGCUACCACUGACUUUUUUUUCUCUUUUUUUUCUUUUUCCCUUUUUUUUUUUUUUUGAACUGAGGUGCAGAAAGUAAAAGGUUGGGCCAUCAGGACUUCUCAGCAUUUGCUCACCAUGACUGCAUAGGAGUUUUCUUUUAAACCCUUUGAAGCCAUAGACCAAAUGGCUUUCAACUACAGUUUAUUUAAAAUAUUUUGUGUUUUCUCUUUCUGUGCCUGAAUUUAAGUGCCAUUGACCAUGAUUAUGGUGAAGGCAGGGUCUUUUGGUUGGUGUUUUUUUUGUUUGUUUUUAUUUUUCCCCCUCACUAUCUCCUUGCCCCCAGAAUAAUUCAAAUGUGGCUUUUGAACUCAUUUCUGCUUCCUGUUUCCAUUUUAAGAGUAUUUGCACUUGGGGCAGGAUGGUGGACACACCUCUCCCAAAGUAGCAUUAAUUUGUGGAAGCUGGAAGUGCAGGUGGGGCUGUUCUGGGUGAGGGUUUUCAUUUGAGCUGAGGACUAGUGAGUGCUCUCCCUGAGGGCACCAUGCAGAUGAAGUGUGUGUGCUGUCAGGAGCUGCCAUUACUGAAUAGUGUUUCUGCUUCUUGUAAAGACUGAUUGUACUCUGUAAACAAGUGACUUUUUAUCUUGAGGGCAUUGUGUGCUCCCAGUUACAGUAUUCAUAACUACUCAGUGCUGUCCAGGCUGCACUGCAAAAUUCCUUUUUUUGCCAUGAAGGAGUUGUGAGUUUUAAGGGGAAAAUGGUGGAAAUGCAUUGAAUCUAGUACAUAUCUGGUAUAUGUACGUAGCAUGCACUGUGAACAGGGACUGGGUCCCUGACAUUUCCUUCCAUGUCCUUCUUACAUUGCCUCAUUUAAGUCGGCCAAGAAUUUUUAUCUGUAAGUCCUGAAGAGCACCUUUUCCAGUGACCUGUGGGGUUAUGGCCCAGCCUGAUUCAUGAUCCUGUCACUGUAAGUGACAUAACCACGAGCUGGAUUCUGAUUGCUGCAAUGGUGUCACCACUAUGGACCUGCUGGUUUACAAGCAUUGUGGAGAGAUGUGAGAGCUGACAAAGCUAUGGAGAUGAGAAAGGUGAAUGACCAAGUCUUGGAAGAAAGCCACAUUUUAAAGCUAAAAACAGAUUAUUUCUACAUAGACUAGUGGAGAUGAGUGUCAGGAAUACUUUUUGUAGCAAAACAGCCUGCUGAGUGUUUCAGAAGUGAAUAUUACUUGGUUUGUUGUGGUUUUUAACCCCCACAAGCCUUUAAGAAAAAAGGAACAAGCAAACUGAUAAAUGGAGAGAAGGGACCAGUGUUCUAUCUGUGUUCUGCUGUGUGAUGGGGGAUGGAGUCCUGUACUCAGGCAGCCUGAAAACACUUUUAUGUGUUGGCUGUCACUGUGGUGGUGUCUUGUGUGCAGUUGCACCAUGUCAGCCAGGAGUCCCUCAGGAUCAGCAUUGUUUGAUUCAUUUGGCACGUUUGGACCUGUUUAUCAUUACUUUUCUGGCCAUGUUACUACUGAUACAGCAAAACGAUCAGCAAGGAAUCAAAGGAUUUUCUUUCCAACGAGUGUAAGAGCUGAAAAACAUCAGGGUGAGGUUGAUCAAGUGGCUUGUUAGAUUUCUGUGUGUUAUUCUGACUUCCAGGAGCUGCAGGUUUCUGUCAGGAAUAUUUGUCUUUGCAGUGCUGUCAUCCAAUGAAAAUUGCAAUUUUCAGUCAUCAGCUUUUUGUGUAGAAGUGAUACAUGCUGCCACCUAGAGAGAAAUUAUUCAGUUCCCUUAGGAGGUCUUCAUCCUAUAGUUGAGAUUUCAUGCCAGUGUUCCCUGAAUGUUGUGCUGACUAGAAAGAGGCAGCAGACAACUUUUAAGUAUCUUCCUAAAUGAAUUCCUGAGGUGGUUUACAAGCACAAGCUACAAAGAGAGUCCUAUUGUUGUUUUGCCAGUUUUCACCUUUCAUGCACCUGGCUAUAAGAAUCACAUGGCCUUCUGAUUCCUGGGUCAAAUGACUCCUUUUUAAAUGGGAGUUGCAUGAGACUAAAGAAGUUUUUUUUAAAUACAUUACCAAAAAAAACCUCUUACGGUCCUGUUUUGUGCUUAUCAUUUUCCUUUGUCUUAGAAGUGAACUGGUUACCAUGAACUUCUGCUACACAGCAGUGAGGCAAGAAGGUGAGGUUUGUUUCUACUCUGGAAGUGUGAGGAUCUGGAAUAUUUUAGUGCCAAAUGGGUCAGUACCUAGCACCCAGUGUCUCUCCCUAAAAAAAGAUGGGGGUUGGUGGCUUUUUGAUAUCACAGAGCUUCUGAUAUUAUACAUGCUUCUCUUAGGAGGCAGUGUUUGGUUCCACAGCUUUGAAGAGAUGACUGGAACACAGGUAGCUUCUGCAUCCAUGUGCUGUCAGAGAAAGGUAGCUUUGAAAACAGCUCUUCAUCAGGUAAGGACAUCCUGUAUUUGGAGCUGUCCAUAGCAGGUGCUUUGUUUGUCAUUAGCAUAAGCAGUAAGAACUAGUGCAGUCCAGAAAUUAAGCAACCAGGGGAGGGAAGAACUAAUGAGACUCCACAGUUGCCAUUUGCUGCCUUGAGUGACAAACUAUUACCAGUAAAGUAACACUGACUUACUGAGCCCCUCCCAACAUUUAUUCCUCACACCACAUUUAUUUUUACUGGGCCUCUCCUCAAAGAUGUACCAUAGUCUGAGGUAAAGCAUGAAGUGAUUGUGUGACGAUCUAUCAUGAAUUAAGAGCAGGAAAACAUUCAAGGGAGCAGCACAAUCAUUAAUCCUGGGAUCCUCCACCUCCUGUGGCAGCAUGUGAAAAUGCCUUGCUGCUGCCAGGGUUAUUUGUGAAGCGUCUGGUGGAGGGAGAGCUGUAGGACUGUUUUACAAUGCUUUCACAAGCAUGACUACUCAAACAAUGUUUUCCUUCCAGUUUUUACUGUAAGGACUGCUGUGCCAGGCACACCUGGACAUGAGGGACAGAGCCAAGCUCUGCUAUGGCAGGCACAGCAGCUGGAAACAACUGCAAUAGCCAAGAAUGGCCCCAAAGUCAUCGCUGUUGCAAACCAGUGAGAAUGAAUCUCAAACUCCAGGCUGGCUGCAAGCUGUAGCACACUGCUUCUGCCUU